CGACGUUCACUUGCCUUCCCACCAAUCAUUAACGUUCUGCACAAAGGGAGAAGUCUGAAGGAGGACAUACACAGAACUGCCCUGUUGUUGAGGAGAGAGGAGGAGAGUAGGAGCACCAGAGAAGCGCUGGAGAGAGGCAUCGAUUCCCCCCGAGUGAAAUGCCAACGAGGUGACAAUGGAGUUCACAGCACUACACAUACUUUGGCUGUUGCCAGUAUUCACUUUGACAACUCAAGAGCUGGUGGGACUAAGUGUGAGUCCCCAGGUUACUACAGACUGUGGCCAACAGGUUACUCUAGAGUGCAAAGUAUCCCCUUCUCCUACUGGACUGUCAAUCAAAUAUAUGGGGUGGUCCCACAGCAAGACAUUCUUAUGUUCCGUGAACAGUGAAGGAAACAUUUCAUACAACAGUAGCACAGAGAGGGAUUUCCACUGCGAGUUUGAAGAAGGACGGUUGUCCCUCAUCUUUCACAAAGUGCAGCCACAGCAGGAGAGCGGGAACCUGCAGCGCUACAGGUGCAAACUUCACUCCAACAAGGGAGCUCUGCACGAAUACACAACUGUGGAGCUAGAGGAUUGUGCUCGGAUGGUGCAGGGAGCUGUAACAAGCGACGGGCCCUCUUGCACCUUCGACAGCGUCCACCCAGACGGGGACGUGCACUGGUUUCAAGGGUCCCACAACCUCUCAGCCGGCUCCAUAAAGCAGAACACGACUAAACGUGUAGAGAAAUGGGGUUGGCUGACUAUCCACAGUGACCUGGAGAGGAAAGGAUCAGACGAGCCAUACAACUGCUCCUUGAUGAGCAGCAAAUCUGGGAGAUACGUGGCCAGUGCUUUAAUAAAGAGCCCCCAAAUCCUAAGGCUGGAUACCACAAGGGCACAUUCACUAUCACCCCCCAAUGGAAUCGGUUCACUGGGACCCGUGAGGAUACUUCUGUGGAUUUCAGUCUUACUCGCUGUAGCUCUGAAAUAACGAAAGGAAAUCCAUAUCAUGGACGGUGAUAAAAUAUCAGGGUGAGGUGGUGGUUAUUAAGAUUUGUUAAAGCAACACUAUGUAACAUUUACUGAGAAACAGCGCCACCUGCAGCCACAUGAGGUUAGAGACUCUAAACUGUCUGAUCGGUUGUUUGUCUCUGUAUGUUGGCCCGGUGAUAGGCUGGCGACCUGUUCAGGGCAGACCCCGCCUCUCAACCGAUGUCAUCUGAGAUUGGCUGCAGCACCCUCCGCCACCCUCAAUAAGAUAAGCGGUAUAGAUCAUUGAUUUAUCGACAUCUUAAAAGUUUCCUCACAAACUAUAAAGAGAGAUAGACGCAGUUUUGUCAUUAAUUUCAAGUCUUUUUAAACUUGUCCAAGUCACGCAUUACUUCUGAACUUGCUGGUCCUGAUUCGGACUAUUUCGAUUGCCACCAUCAGCCCGUUACUUCUCACAGGAAGUCAAGUAACACAAGUUACGCUGAGCAAGAAUUGACAUUCAGGGUGAGCAGCGGGAACAAGGUGUGAACCGUUGUCUCUAUUCAAUGUCAGUGAACCGUCAAAAUCAUUUUGAGGCUUCUGUUUUUAGGUUAAACGUUGCAUGGUGUUGCUUUAAAGACAACAGGUAACAAUGAGGUACUCUUUCUUUCAAUGAACUCGGCGAAGCAGUAAAGUCCAGAGGUGAAUUAUUCUUCCAGUAAACUCUUGGCUGAAGUGACUGUGGAAACUAGUGCUGAGAGGUGAUAACAAGGGAGCUGAUUAUACUUACACUGUAUAAAAUACACACACACACACACACACGCACACAUACACACACACACACACACACACACAAACACACACAUACACACACAGCAAUCUACAAACAGGAGGAGUUAUUUUUGGCUACUCUUUCGGUUUAGUCUAGCGCUAUUUAAUCAUCUUGCCCCAGGUUUUACAGGAGGUUUACUUCUUUCUGUAAGGGUGACAUGAACACGUCAGACGACAGGCGUGUCCACAGAUGUCUGUGUGUGACUAUGAAAGUAAAAUCUGUCAAACAGGAUGCAGACAUCAAAAGUUGAGCUCUGCUGUAAAUUCCCCUCAACACCACGACACAAUUGUGUGUGAAAUAUCAAUCAGCUGAACCAUCAGGUUCGUGGGUGUAUGCUGCCCCCUGGUGAACAGAGUUGGGAUCAGUGAUCUGUGGCUGCUGGAAUGAUGUG